AUUCCAGUUUGGCAACUUCACCUGUAGGAUUGCUUUAAUCGACCUGCCCCACACUCCCCAAAUCACUCCUGGAAGACGGCAGUGGGAGGCUCGUGCCAGCUACUCCAGGGGAUAGAGAUGCUAGAUGCCGGGAACCACCGAGCCCUGCCCUGCACUUAGGGCUCCUCUGGCCAAUGUUGCCUGGGGAUCACUGACCUGCCGGCCAGCCAGGGCCCGGUCCUGGGAGACCCUCAUCCUCACUUGGGCUGGCGACCUCAGCUCCAAGCCAUGGAGGAUUCAGAAGAUCGAAGAGCCAGGGUGGACCCUGAGGUCAAUCAACCCCUGAACAGCCUCGACGUCACCCCCCUGCGCAAAUCCCGCACCCCGCUGGAGACCUUCAAAAAAAUGAGGAUCCCGAUCAUCGCAGCAGUGCUGAGCCUGGCAACCAUCGUCGUGGUGGCCAUCCUCAUCAAGGUGAUUCUGGACAAUUACUUCUUCCUCUGUGGGCAGCCCCUCCUCUUCAUCCCGAGGGAGCAGGUGUGUGACGGCCACCAGGACUGUGCCUCUGGGGAGGAUGAGCAGUACUGCGUCAAGAAACUCCCCAACGGACCUCCAGUGGCAGUCCGCCUCUCCAGGGACCGAUCCACCCUGCAGGUGCUGGACCCCGCCACGAAGAACUGGGCCUCCGCUUGUUUUGACAACUUCACAGAAGCUUUGGCCAAGACCGCCUGUCGGCAGAUGGGCUAUGACAGCAAACCCACCUUCAAGGCUGUGGACGUUGGCCCAGCCCAAGAUCUGGACAUUGUCAAAAUCACAGAGAACCUGCAGGAGCUUCAGGUGCAACACUCAAGUGGCCCCUGUCUCUCAGGCUCCAUGGUUUCCCUGCAGUGCCUUGCCUGCGGACAGAGCGUGAAGGCCCCUCGGGUGGUGGGUGGGAAGGAGGCCUCUGUGGAUUCUUGGCCUUGGCAGGUCAGCAUCCAGUACAACAAACAACACAUCUGUGGAGGGAGCAUCCUAGACCCACACUGGAUCCUCACAGCUGCCCACUGCUUCUGGAAGCAUCUCGAUGUGCCCAACUGGAAGGUGAGAGCUGGCUCAGACAGACUGGGCAGCUUCCCAUCCCUGCCUGUGGCCAAGAUCUUCAUCCUUGAGCCUAACGCCACGCACCCCAGAGAGCACGACAUUGCCCUCGUGAAGCUGCAGCUCCCGCUCACAUACUCUGGCACGAUCAGGCCCAUCUGCCUCCCCUUCUCUGACGAGGAGCUCACUCCAGGCACCCCACUCUGGGUCAUCGGAUGGGGCUUUACAGAAGAGAACGGAGGGAAGAUGUCUGACAUACUGCAGCAGGGAUCUGUCCAGGUCAUCAACAGCACGCGGUGCAAUGCAGAGGAUGCGUACCAGGGGGAGGUCACCGAGACGAUGAUGUGUGCAGGCCUCCCGGAGGGCGGCGUGGACACCUGCCAGGGUGACAGUGGGGGCCCUCUGAUGUAUCACUCUGACCGGUGGCAAGUGGUGGGCAUCGUGAGCUGGGGCCAUGGCUGUGGGGGGCCUACUACCCCAGGAGUAUAUACCAAGGUCACAGCCUAUCUCAACUGGAUCUACAAUGUCCGGAAGUCUGAUCCAUGAUGCUCCUGCCCCCUGCAGUGCUGGAAACUGUUUCCCCCUGCCCUGCCCGAAUGGGAAUCCCCCAGAAGUCAGACACAGACCAAGAGCCCCCCUUGGGCACACCUCUCUGCCCACAUUCUCAGCAUUUCUAGGUGCAGCAAAGGACCUGCAAUCCUGUAAGCCAUCCCGCAGCUCACAGGCACCCAGGAAGUCAUCAGCUCCAGUUCAGCUGCCCAUGAUGCUCUCAGCAUCCCAAGGAGGGAGAGAUACAAGCCAGCCUCCAAGGCUGAGGUCUCAGAAGGCAUUGCUAAGCCAAGAACUUUCUACUCUAUUGAAUGGAAACAGAUGCUCUUCUAAGAGCCCAGAUCACCAAGGGCUGGAGUGGAGGGAGGAAAGGGGCUGAGCCAGCCCUCUGCCUCCCCACCCAUCCCCAAGCCCACCUGAACAAAAAACCGUUUAUAAUGGAAAAUGUGCUGUCCAGCUCUUGGCUCAAGUACCAUUUCUUACUGUUGUUUUUAUUGUGGCCACUGUUUAUUAAACUGGUGUGUGAAGUCUUUGA